UUUUCUUUUGGUCUUCGUCAAUUACUUGUCUCCUUCCUUAAGCCAAUAGCAAAUUAGCGAGUUACCUUCUUCUUGAAGUAGUCUCUCACUUCACUAACUAGCUUGAUAGAUUGUCAAUUUCAAUUUAUUUUAGUUUGAGAAUCUGUUUAUUUACAUGCUCUAAAUCAAUUCGUUCAUCUCUGCUCCAAGGAUCACCAAAAGCCCCUUUACUCCAAGCAACGGAGCAAAUGUUGCUGAUUUAAAGAUGAGGACUAGUGUUCCGAGAUCAUGGCCGUUUGUUUUCCAAAUUCCAUCGUAAUUAAUUGAACUUUCCACUAACUUUCUUAUGGUCUUCGUCAAUUACGUACUUUUCCACUUUUAACUCCUUGCCUUCUUCAAGAAGUAGUCUCUCACUUCACUACCUCACUCCGCUUAAACAUUCUCUGCUUCUUCAAGAACCACCAUUUUCUUUUCUUCAAGGCCCUUUCUCUCUCUCUGUCUCUCUCUCUCGUUCUUUCUUUCUAUCUCUGUGCAAUUGUGUCUGGUUUUGUUUGCUAUGGCGACUCCUCGAGAUCACAUUGAGUAUCUUAGGAAAACUUGGUUCUCCAUCGGAGGAGAAACCAAUCAUCUGGCUCCCAUGCUUUCCAAUGCCGUCGAGUUUCUCUCUGCUGAACUCUACACUAAGGAUGUCCACUUUCUCAUGGAAAUCAUCCAGAAUGCAGAAGAUAACGAUUACCCGGAAGGGGUGGAUCCUUCGCUUGAGUUUGUCAUAACAUCUCGUGAUAUUACAGCUAUUGGUGCCCCUGCCACGUUGCUCAUAUUCAACAACGAAAACGGUUUUUCUAGCAAAAAUAUUGAGGCUAUUUGCAACGUUGGAAAUUCCACUAAGAAAGGCAACAGGAAACGCGGUUAUAUUGGGGAGAAAGGAAUUGGGUUCAAGAGUGUGUUUCUCAUUAGUGCUCAACCUUACAUAUUCAGUAAUGGCUAUCAGAUACGCUUCAAUGAAAAGCCUUGUCCACAGUGCAAGCUUGGAUUCAUAGUUCCCGAAUGGGUUGAGGAGAGUCCAUCUCUUGAUGAUAUAAAGCAAAUAUAUGGUCCCGGUUCCUCCCUUCCUACUACGGUAAUAAUCUUGCCUCUGAAGCCUGACAAGAUGAAAGCUGUGAAGCAGCAACUUUCAAGCAUUCAUCCUGAAGUUCUGUUAUUCCUUUCAAAGAUAAAGCGGCUUUCUGUCAGGGAGGAUAAUGAGGAUCCCGGACUCAAUACUGUCAGUGCAAUAGCAAUUACCAAGGAGACCAAUUGGGUGACAAGGAAGAAUAUUGAUGCUGAAUCCUUCACACUCCAUCUUUCUGCGGAGGGAAAUGGUAAUGACUCCAUAGGAGAAUGCAGCUACUACAUUUGGAAACAGAAGUUUCCUGUGAGACAGGAAAACAGAGUUGAAAGGAGAAUGGAAGUCGAGGAGUGGGUGAUCACUUUGGCUUUUCCUAAUGGAGAGCGUCUGCAUAGAGGAAUGAACGCACCUGGGGUUUAUGCAUUUCUUCCUACGGAGAUGGUCACAAACUUUCCAUUCAUAAUCCAAGCAGAUUUUAUUUUAGCAUCAUCAAGGGAAACGAUACUUUUGGACAACGUGUGGAAUCAAGGAAUUCUUAAUUGUGUACCCUUUGCCUUUGUUGAAGCAUUGAUCUCACUAGUCAGAACAACAGAAGAAGCACCAGUAUUUAAUUUGGCUCGAAUGUUUGAGUUCCUUCCUGUCAGCAGCUCUCCCUAUCCAAGAUUGAAUGCUGUGAGGGAAUCAAUCAAAGCAAAGCUGGCUGAAGAAAACAUUGUUCCAAGUGAAUCAUGCAUGGAGCAGAAGAUCUUCCGUAGACCGUGUGAAAUUGGUAGAAUAAUGCCUGAAUUUUGGAAUAUACUAAACAAUGCAAGGGAUGAAGGAGUGAGCUUGCUUAAUCUUUCAUCCCAUGGUUGGUAUGUUCUGAAUUCUUCAUUUGACCAACCGGUGUAUGAUCAAAUACUGAAUUUCCUAGGAGUGGGAACAGUGAACAAUGAAUGGUAUGCAAAGUGUAUUAGGGGCUCUAAUCUUGUUAUGGGAGUCUCAGAGGAAACUUAUUCAGGGCUUCUCAUUUUCCUUGCUGAGAAUUGGCAGUCCAAGUUUUGCAACACUGACAUGUUAAACAUUCCACUUAUAAAAUAUGUGGGUGUUGACGGGAGUGUGCGUUUGUGCAGUGUUAAUGAAUCAGCAAGAAAUAGAGUUUCAUUGUGCUUGUCCGAAAAAAUUGAUCAUGCAUCAUGGUUGAUAGAUUGGAACAGAGAAUUCCGAUGUGUGGCAAAGUGGUUUUUUAUGCCAAGGAGUACCCAACAAGCUCUUUGGUCAUUUUCCAAAUUGCAUGUGGUAUGGAACUGGCUUAUCAAUCAUGCUAAACUCACUGCUUACAAUGUAUUUGAGUAUGCAAAUGUACUCUGUAAUCAUGUUGGUGGCGAUCGGAAGCUUGUCAUUGCCUACGUUCACUUUUUAUAUAACUCCUUUUUACAGGGGUAUCUCUCAGAGUCGGAGGUUAAACGUUUUUGUGGUUGUAUGCCUCUGGUAGAUAACUAUGGGAGUGUGAUCACCAAGUGGAGUGUGGUUCUUGUACCAGCCAGAGUAAGCAAAUGGGUACAGUUAUGCUGGGCAAAUCCCUGGGUAAAAGAUGGCUAUAUUGAGUUAGGGGAAGACUACUCUUACGAUGGAUGUUAUGCUGGUCACAGCACAGCUGGAAACGAGCUCAUAGCGUUCCUGAAAACUUAUCUUGAUGCUUCUGAUAUUCCUCUUAUAACUCCUCCCAAUGAUGGAAUCCCUACUGUGUCUGGACCACUUACCAAGAGAAAUGCAUUCUUGCUGUUGGAUUGGCUUCAAAACCUGAAAUACAGAGGAAUUAACAUUCCUAAAAGGUUCUUAACUUGCAUAAUGGAGGGUAGCUGGCUGAGAAUCACUAUGAAUGGCUCUACUGGUUAUAGACCACCUUCACAGUCAUUCCUUCUCAGCUCAAACACAAUGAAGUCAGGCUGCCUUGACGUCAUGCAGAAUGUAUCUGUGUUUGUUGAUAUUCCAUUAAUUGAUCAGAGCUUUUAUGGCGAUGAAAUUUUCAAGUACACAGAGGUGCUGAAAACCAUUGGGGUCAUGUUUGACUAUGGAGAGGCAUGUGAAUUUGUCGGGAAGCAUCUCAUGUCUAUUGCAACUUCAUCUACCUUGACCAGAAGCAAUGUGAUUUCAGUACUGAAUUUUGUCAAAUUUCUAAGGGAAAAGUUGCUUUCUCCAGAUAAAUUCAUCUGCAGUAUUAAAAAAGGAAGUUGGCUACGGACAUCCCGUGGUCUGAGAUCUCCGGUUGGGUCUGUACUAUAUGAUCAGGAGUGGAGAAUUGCUGAGCAAAUAAGUGAUAUCCCCUUCAUUGAUAAACAAUAUUAUGGCGAAGGAAUUCUGCGUUUCAAAGAAGAGCUUAAGCUGCUGGGCGUCAUAGUUGGUUUCAACGGAAGUUACCAUUUGGUUGGUGAAUACCUGAGAUCUCCUUUAACAUGUCUAACCGCUGAAGCUCUUCUUUUAGUACUGGACUGCAUGCGUUAUUCUGGAUUGGCUGAAAAACUGGUUAACGCAUGUAGAAGUACAAGAUGCCUGAAGACUAACCUUGGUUAUAAGUCCCCGGCUGAAUGUUUUUUGUUUGAUCCUGAAUGGGGUUGCCUUCUAGAGAUUUUUGGAGGUUUUCCAUUGAUUGAUGGUAAUUUCUAUGGAUCUAGAAUCUCUUUGUAUAAAAUGGAGUUGAAGCAACUGGGAGUAAAGGUAGAUAUUGAGGAGGCUGUCAAAGUCUUUGUGCCCACUUUUAAGCGGCGGGCAUCAUCGUCUUCCAUUACAACAGAAAAUGUAUAUUCGUUACUGUCAUGCUGCAGACAGCUUAAUGGAACUGGUAAAUUUCCUUCAGAUCUAAUGAAAUGCAUCCGUGAAGAAAGGUGGUUAAAGACUCGACUCGGUGAUUAUAGAUCUCCACGAGACUGCAUUCUGUUUGGACGAGACUGGGAGUCGAUCUCUCCCAUUACUCUCCUUCCCCAUAUUGAUGAUAGUGACAAUGGUUAUGGGAUGAGCAUUCAUGGAUAUAAAAAUGAACUGAAGGGUAUGGGUGUUGUUGUUGAAUUGAAACAUGGUUUAAAGUUUGUGGUUGCUGGUCUUCGUUUUCCUCAGAAUCCUAGAUGUAUAACUCCUAAGAAUGUGCUUUCACUACUGGGAUGCAUUCGGCUUCUAUUGCAGGAGGGACACUCAUUUGCAGAUGAUUUUCUGCAAAAAGCUUCUCAAAAAUGGAUAAAGACCCAAGCUGGUUACAGAGCUCCAGAUAAAUGUUGCUUGUUUGGUUCCGAGUGGGGUUUAUAUGUGAAGCAGACUGAUGGCCCUUUCAUUGAUGAAGAGUUUUAUGGCUUUGACAUCCAGUCCUACAAAAAAGAGCUUAGUAUAGUCGGAGUUAUUGUUGAUUCAGAAAAGGGAUGCUCAUUGCUUGCCAAUCACCUAGCUUCUCAUUCUGAAUUUGCUGCAAUUGUUCGAAUAUAUGAUUUCUUGAGUGUGUACCAGUGGAAGUCAGAGGAUGAAGCAACUGGCACAAUAUGGGUUCCAUUAGGAAGUCAAGAUGAACUUGGUAAAGGAAAAUGGGCUGAUCCAAGAGAGUGUGUUCUGUAUGACAAAGACAAUCUCUUUGGUUUGCAGUUGAAUGUUCUAGAGAAAUACUACGAUCCGAAAUUACUGAGUUUCUUUUCCAGGGCAUUUGAUGUUAAAUCGAGUCCUUCACUUGAUGAUUACUGCAAGCUUUGGAAGGCUUGGGAAAGGACAAGAAGCAAAUUGACACCUGCUGAAUGCUGUGCAUUCUGGAGGUGGGUCGUGAAGCACAGGAACUCAAAAAUGGAGGACACUCUGCCCGACGAAUUGGUAAAGCUGCCUGUUGUUUCGGGCUCUGGUGAAAUCUUAUUGUUUGACAAGCGUGGUGUUUUUAUAGCUGAUGACCUUCUUCUGAAGGACCUCUUUGAGAAGAUUUCACCCCGCCCAAUUUUUGUCUGGUAUCCUCAGCCAAGCUUGCCUUCUUUGCCCCAGAGUAAAUUGCUUGAUUUGUACAGAGCAAUUGGCGUCCGAACAAUUUCUGAAUCCGUUCAAAUGAAAGAACUCUCUUUAGAAGAUAGUGUGGAACUUAAGCGGGCAAAUCCAAGUGACAUUUUGAUUGGAAAAGGGCUAGUUAGACUAAUUCUUGGCUUUCUAGCGGAUCCUUCUUUUAAUAUGGAAGCGAGGAGGAGGCAUGAAGCUGUGCAGUGCCUCUUCAAUCUCACUGUCUUGGAGACUUUGGAGCCGAUAAAUGUAAGCUAUAGUUUAUCACUCUACUCUGGUGAGAUCGUGAAUGCAGAAGUAAGCCGAAAGCUACGCUGGGAUAGAGAGAGUUCUAAGUUGUUCGCACAGAAGAAAGACCGUGCUGGUGGACAGAAAAGUCUUAUUGAAUAUGCAACAUAUUUCUCUAAGGUAAUAGCCGAGGGAGUGUUAUGGGAGAAAGAAGAUCAAAUAUGCGCACUCUCUGAGCUGAUUAAGUUGGCUUUCCUGCUGAAUUUCGAUGAAGCAGCUGUUCAAUACUUGAUGAAGUCCAAGAAUCUGCAAAUUUUCAUGGAGGAUGAGACGUUCUUGUCAGCUGCGUUCCCGUCUGGCUAGGUCCAUCAUGAAUCCUUAAAUAUUUGCAUCGUUCUUCUUUUGCUUCUUUAGGCAGCAAUUCCCCUUGCAUGAUGAGUGGUGCAUAUGUAAUAUAAAGUUUGCAUUGUUUGCGCGUGUGCGUGUUUCAUAUUGAGUGCAAUCGAUUUGAGGUAUGUGUCUGAUUUGUAAACCAUAGUGUUUGCAACUUUGCACUUUUAGAUCUUUGUUUGCUCUGCAUAUAUAUAUAGGAGCAUGGUAAUUAUUGGAGUGAAAAAUGUUA